AUGAGUCUCUGGCGCCCCGUAGGCUUCGACGAAGAAUACAGAGAAUCCGCGCAAGCGAGCUCCAUGAUCCCAUACCUCUACGAACAGAUCCGCCUGUCGCGCAUCAUCGAGAGAAUGAUGUCGACGCUCUUCUCUCCGCGCUCCAACCUAGACGACCUCGGUCGACGAGUCUGCUUCGAUAAUCUAAACCUAGACCUCAACCGGUGGCGCGAAUCGCUGCCCGAUUUUGCAAAAUGGCAAAAAUGGGGUGGAUCGUCAUCGAAGACAAUACCAGGAGUAUUGGCGUUGCACCUCCAAUUCCACAGUGUUCGCAUCGCCUUGAACUAUGAUCAGGCCACUGUAUCCCGGGGAAGUGACGCGGACGAAAAGCCGCAGUCUUAUUGCGUCACAUCCGCGCAGCACAUCAUUUCCCUGGUACGCACCUAUCGAAGUCAGUAUGGGCUUCAACAUGCACCACUCGUGUUUGUAUACGGCGCUGUCCAAGCGAGCCGCUCAGCCAAGGCAUUUAACAUCACAGAAGAGAGCCAGUAUCUGAUCCAGAUCCUGGGAGAACUAUCAUCGGCUUGGAGCCUGUCAAGAGAAGUCAUGGCCAAAGUAUUGGACUGCUAA